AUGCGCACUCGGUGGAGAGAUCCUUCUGGAGUACGACACCAUCACUGCGCGGCCCAGUGCGUAUGCCAUGCCGUUCAGGAUUUCGAUCAACAGCACCCAAAUUGGAUUCGUCAUGAUGGAGUAGAAAAAAAAUCGGACUGUAAACGCGAACAAGACCAGUGCCAUGCAGUGCUUGUGCCCUAUGCGUUUUAUUAUCCAACCGGAAUAGAAGAAAAUCGGCAUUUCGCCGAAAAAGGUCUGGACGCCCUGAGAAACGCCCUGUAG